GGUCUUAGCGUGUCGGUGACAAACACUGUUGCAAGUCGCUGUUGUCGGAUACGACGAAGAGGACAUCACCAUCAUCAAUUCUUGUCUACUUAGGGUUUGUCAGCGGAAAGGAUUGGCCGUUCAGAUUGUUGUCAGUUGCUGAAUGCCCAGGGUGCGCUGGUCGUAGACCAAGGAACAAGUGAAGUGGCACGUCACUUGAGAAUGCCCUCUCGUGGACCCUUACUGAAAUGAUUGGAAUAACUCUUAUUACUGUCAUAAUCGCGGUGAUUAUUGACGCUCAAAAGCCGACCUUUCGCAUUCUGGCGCCACAAUUUGUCUGUCCUAAGGAUGACAAAGCAAUCAUUGAAAAACCUGAAGAAACAGUUAUUAUGGUGCAGACAGCGGCAGGGCAGGACCUGGACAUGCGGUGGACAGUCCGCUGGACGCCGCUGCAGCAGCCCUCGCAGCGAGACACGCUGAUGGUGUGGAGAGCCGUCCGCGCACUGGAGGCCAAGCUCAAUGCGCCGCAGCCCGUGCCCUAUGUCUAUGUUAUUGAGAACGAGCAGCUGCUCCGCGGGGUAGACUUCAAGUUCACCGUGACGGGUUCCUCACACGGCGUCACCAGCGAUCCCAAGACCUUCCACAUCGACAACUCGGCAGGGGACUCCAAGCUGCAACAUGUUGAGGGCCGCGCGGACCUGUUCUCCAUCAGCCUGCUGGGCAGCCAGGUGGCGUAUGCCGACGUGGAGUAUGUGCUGGAGGCCCUGGUGACCAUGUGCACGCCGACUGAGGAUUAUCAUUUCCAAUGGACAGUCCAGAGCGUCUCCACGGACGCGAAGGUGGACGUCAGCUCGGAGCGCGGGGCUCGCCUGGCCGUGCCCGCCAUGUCCAUGGUGGCCGACCUGGCCUACAACGCACAGGUCGACGUCAUCAAGACCAGUAGCGGCGCCUUUCUGACUCAUGCGAUCCUGCCGUUCAGCGUACUGCGUCGGGGGCUGGAGGUGUACCUGAGCGCGGACCAGCUCGCCGUCAGCGUAGACACGCCCUUCUACCUCGAGGCUUCUGUGUUCAGCCAUGACUUCUAUGCCGACGAUUUAAAGCACGAAUGGUCAUGCUUAAAGAACGACGAGCCUUGCGAUCUCUUUACAAAUGAAGACUCAAAUGAAAUUCUAAUAGAUCCUGGUAUUCCUGAAGCGGGCAAGUACGAGAUUUCAGUGACAGUCACAGUAAAAGAUGAGUUUGGGUCCGCCAAAAUGAUCGUUGAAGCUGUUGAAUCAGUUCUUCCCGUUUUACAGGUGUCCCCAGUAGCGCGAGUGGUGAACGCGGGCGCGCAGGUCUCGCUGACGGUGAACGCGACCCGUGUGGCGCCCAGCUGCAGCAUCACCUGGUACUUCAUGGCUGAAGAGCAGAUGCACACCAGCCUGGGCGAAGGCAACUGCUCUGGAAGUGAAUGCCAGCAUGGAGUCCCAUUAACCGAAACAUUAACAAUAUACUCCUUAGAAGAAAACUUUUUGAACGAACUGGCCGAUUUCUCCAACGAGACCGAAUGGCGUCAGGUGACAGCGGAAAUGGCGGGAAAUGCGGGAAGAGCGAGGAUCCUGGUUGAAUGCGGCUGUUCCCUAGCCCUGGGUUGCACCACGCAAGGAUUUGUCUAUGCUGACGUUAUGUUCCAAGUUAAUACGAUCCCCAUGCCUGGAAUUAUUAUGGUAUCGCCGCCCAUAGGCGUAGCAUUGGAGUCAAUCCAUCGUAUAAGUACGUUGGCGGUAGUGGACCCAGACACUCCGUUAAAAUAUUCAUUCUACUGCGGACUUGGUGCUGAAAACUCUCUACUUUUAGGAUUCUAUUACGAACAUCUGUCGAUUGAAACCUUCUUGCCUUAUGUCGAAGGAGGUACAGAAGUGUGGGUAGAAGUAUGCGAUGCACGAGACGCUUGUCAGAGAGGACCCUCGAGUCUGGUGCAGCUGUCUCCAGGGCAGGGACGCACGGUCAGCGCGCUCAUAGAGUCAGCUCGAGGACACCUGCGGCGCUGCGAGGUCAUGAUGCUGCAGAGGACCGCCGUGGCUGGCUUGGUCACUUACAUUAAUACAAAUUUAGAGGCAAUCCUGGGGCAAUUUUCAGCGGCUCUUACUGAAAUGUUGUCCAGUGCGGAGGCCGCGGCGUGUAAAGCGAAGAGGUUUAGAGACUUCGACGACCUCCUCCACAGUUUAGUCACAGUCGGCUUUGAAAUCAAUAAGCUUUAGGUCAGUCAUUUGUGAUUAUAAUUUUCAAACAUAUAAUUGAAAAGAUUUUAAGGGCUAUCUCUAAGUGUUUGUAACUCAAUCUUAUACUACGAAUAAAGUUAAUGUUAUUGGUUUCUCAAGAGGAUUUCAUUCAGUUUCGAGAUAAGGUUGCAUUCCUUCCUACACAAAAACUAAACAAAAAUUGUCUCAGUACAACUUUUAUUCACAGAAAUAUAUGAAGCUUAAGCUGAGCUUUAUUACAUCAAGAUCUAACUUUCCAAGUAGCUAAUAUCGAACUGGGAUGAGUUGAAUUUCAAUAUGAUUUGCACUGUCGGCUCUCAGCGAUAGGGUUCAUAUUUGAUCAGCUCUGUCUACAACUCAACACACAUACCGUUAGGUCCGUAAACAGAAUGCAUAGCGUUUAACUGAUUCCAUAGCUUUUGCAGGUCCUUCUUGUUUGAUCAUUCAUUAAACGCCUGACGCCCAGAUGCACAAAGGAACGUUAAACUAAUUUAAACUGACAGAAAGUGUCAGCAAAAGAUUUGAAAUGUGUUCCGAGACUUACGAGCCUUUUGUGAAAAGGUCCAUCCAUAGCUUCGUAUUGUAUCAAUAGUG